AUGGGUAACUCACAGUCCUCCAACAAGCCCAACGACCAGGCGGCGGUCGAGAAGAUCCUCGUGCAGCAACUCCAGAAUCUCCGCACGCACGAGAAGAUCCGCCAACUGGAGAUUGAGAAGGAGUACAUCCACGUCGAGUCCGAGAAGGGCAUUCCUCAGAGCUAUUCGACCGACCCCAGACUGUCGGUCAAAACCGCCGAAGAGUGGGAGAAGGAACUGCUCUCAGACCCCAAGAACCGACUGGCAUUGAACGCCUUGUUGUCCAACGACAUCCGGUCAGUGGUGUCCAAUAAAGUCGCGACUCUGCCAGACACCCAGACAUUCAACAUCAAGAUCCCGUUCGAAGGGGCGCCGGUCACAAAUCAAAGGUCAUCGGGAAGAUGUUGGCUGUUCGCAACGACCAAUGUGCUCAGAGUGCCCGUGAUGAAGAAGUACAACCUCAAGGAGUUUGAGUUGAGCCAGGCAUAUCUGUUCUUCUGGGACAAAUUAGAGAAGGCCAAUUGGUUUCUGGAACAGAUUAUCGAUACUGCCGACCUAGACCUAGACAGCAGGUUGGUGCAAGAGUUGUUGGGUGCUCCGGUCAACGACGGCGGUCAAUGGGACAUGGCGGCCAAUCUGGUUGCCAAAUAUGGAUUGGUCCCCCAGAAACUCUAUCCAGACUCAUACAACGCCAUGAACUCCUCCGCCAUGGGCUCCAUCCUGACCACCAAACUUCGUGAAGACGGCCUGGUCCUGCGGUCCCUGGCAAAGAGUCUAUCAGACGGCAAGACAACGAAAUCCAAAUCAUCGCUAGUCGCCGCGAAAGCCAAAAUGAUGCGCGAGGUCCACUGCAUUUUAACCCUGAUGCUCGGUCCUCCGCCGAAGCCCGACACUAAAUUCAUAUGGGAAUACUACGACGCCAACGACAAAUACCACCAAGUCAGCAAGACGCCGCGCGAGUUCGCCGCGGAUCUGUCUCAUCCAAGCGUGGUGCGAUCAUUGAACAACGCCGACGUUGGCAAACUAUUCAGCCUGGUCAACGACCCGCGCAACAAAUACAACCAACUACUCACAGUCGAAAGACUAGGCAACGUAGUCGGCGGACGGGCCGUCACAUAUGUCAAUGUGGACAUGGCGACCAUCAAAAAGGCGACCAUCGCCAUGCUCCGCGCGGGUCUGCCCGUGUUCUUCGGCAGUGACGUGGGCAAGUUUUCCAACUCGACCUCAGGGAUAAUGGACCCGGCCCUCUACGACUACGGCCUCGCGUUCAACAUCAGUCUGAAUCUCAGCAAGAGCCAGCGUUUGAGAGUGCGCGAGUCCGCCAUGACUCAUGCCAUGGUCCUCACCGCCGUGCAGGUCGAGGACGAUGGUGUGACUCCUGUGCGCUGGCGCGUCAUGAACUCCUGGGGCGAAUCGGCUGGCGAUAAAGGCUAUUUCGUCAUGACUGAUCAGUGGAUGGACGAGUUCGUCUAUCAGGUCGUAGUGGAUCCGGGCUUCGUCGGCAAGGAGAUCAGGGAGAUUCUCAAGACCGAGCCGUUGGUCCUGCCGCUUUGGGAUCCUAUGGGUGCUUUGGCUUGA